UGCAAAAUGGCGGCUCCGCCUAACGUCGGCCUCUGCUAGGUCUCCCCCGUCGCAAACGAAAGGAUUGACGGGGCAGCGUUCUUCCGCCCGGCCGUCCGAUGGCCGCCCUGGUCCUUGCUUGCCCUCCUUCCGUCAUUUCCGGCUGAGCACGGAAGUCCCUUGCGGAAGGCGGGGCGAGCGUGAGGAGGGGGCGGGGUCCCUCUGCGCGCCCCUUCGGCCAAGAUGGCGGCCGGGCCCAUCUCGGAGAGGAACCAAGAUGCCACUGUCUAUGUGGGAGGCCUGGACGAGAAGGUCAGCGAGCCCCUCCUGUGGGAACUCUUCCUCCAGGCAGGUCCUGUCGUCAACACACACAUGCCCAAAGACAGAGUUACGGGCCAGCACCAAGGUUAUGGAUUCGUGGAAUUCCUUAGCGAGGAGGAUGCUGAUUAUGCUAUUAAAAUCAUGAAUAUGAUCAAACUCUACGGGAAGCCCAUCCGGGUCAACAAGGCCUCUGCCCACAACAAGAAUCUGGAUGUGGGCGCCAACAUCUUCAUCGGCAACUUGGACCCUGAGAUCGAUGAGAAACUGCUCUAUGACACUUUCAGCGCCUUUGGGGUCAUCCUCCAGACUCCCAAGAUCAUGCGCGACCCGGACACGGGCAACUCCAAGGGCUACGCCUUCAUCAACUUUGCCAGCUUUGAUGCCUCUGAUGCGGCCAUCGAGGCCAUGAACGGACAGUAUCUCUGCAACCGACCCAUCACGGUCUCUUACGCUUUCAAGAAAGAUUCCAAAGGCGAAAGGCACGGUUCGGCCGCUGAGCGCCUCCUGGCCGCUCAGAACCCCUUGUCCCAGGCAGACCGGCCUCACCAGCUGUUUGCAGAUGCACCUCCCCCGCCAUCGGUGCCCACUCCAGUUGUUACCACCAUGGGCCCUGGGGUCACCCCACCAGGCAUACCACCGCCUGGAUCCUUCCCUCCACCCGUGCCUCCUCCAGGAGCCAUGCCCCCAGGAAUGCCUCCGGCCAUGCCGCCUCCACCCAUGCCCCCGGGUGCUGGUGCCCCUGGGCCCCCUGCUGGAGCUGCUCCAGGCGGGGCACAUCCUCCUCACCCGCACCCUUUCCCUCCUGGGGGGAUGCAUCCAGGAAUGCCUCAGAUGCAAGUUCAUCACGGGAUGCCGGGGAUGGGCCCGCAUCAUCCAGGGCCGCCGGGGGCAGGAGGUCAGCCACCCCCCCGCCCACCUCCAGGCAUGCCCCACCCUGGCCCACCUCCGAUGGGCAUGCCUCCCAGGGGGCCUCACUUUGGAUCUCCCAUGGGUCACCCAGGGCCCAUGCCCCCUCAUGGGAUGCGGGGACCACCUCCCUUGAUGCCUCCCCACGGGUACAACGGCCCCCCUCGCCCUCCUCCGUAUGGCUACCAGCGGAUCCCUCUGCCCCCUCGCCCUGCCCAAAGACCCAUGGUGCCUCCCCGAGGGCCCAUGCGGGGGCCCCUGCCCCCGUAAACGGAAGGACAUCACGGGCCAGCCUCAAGGAGUCCCUUGUGGUAGCGGGUCCUCCAGUCUCCACUUCCUUUGUUUCUCCUCUUUGGACCAACAUUCCUGCUGCGAACCAGAGCGUUGCUUCCUGUCGCGCCUCCCUACGUUCUGCCAUCUCCUUUGGCAGCGGAUUUUGCUCAUACUUUUUUUUUAACUCCAUUGUCACCUAGAAGAUGAAAAGGUUUUUAAUUCUUUUAAAUAGCUGUAGUAGUACUCUUUGUGAAACCCGGAGCAGAAACACCGUUUGCAAAUAAAAGUUUGGGAAGAUU